AUGUGGCAAUUGUUAAUUGAGGGCUCUCUGUGCUACAUAGAAGAGAUAAAUGGUGCUUCCCAGGACUACUGUGACGAGAGUAACACACAGUAUCCAUGCAACCCAGCCAAAAAAUACUUUGGCCGUGGACCACUUCAGCUAACCUGGAAUUACAACUACGGAGCAGCUGGAAAUAGCAUUGGGUUCGACGGAUUAAACUCUCCUGAAACAGUGGCCACAGAUGUCGUUAUUUCAUUUAAAACAGCCUUGUGGUUUUGGAUGAACAAUUGUCACCAAGUCCUAAACCAAGGGUUUGGGGCAACUAUUCGGGCGAUUAACGGUGCAAUUGAAUGCAAUGGUGGAAACCCUGGUGCUGUCCAAUCUCGUAUCAACUAUUACAAUCAAUACUGUAGCCAACUGGGUGUUGCUCCUGGUGAUAAUCUCAGUUGCUAG